GAGAGCCCUCCAGUGACGACCAGGUGUCGGAUCUUUGGGAUUCUUUUGAAUCAAGAGCUUUUACAGAAACCUGAGGGUCACACAAGUAAGUGCUCAAGUUGAGAGAAACCACCAUGACAACCUCUACUUCUACUUCUACUUCCACUACUAGUAGUAGUAGCAGAUCAAGUUUUUGGAUAGGAUGCAUGACAGGGUCCGUGGCCACAGCAGUGGCGUUGUGGUGGUGGCAGCGGCAACAAGCGCCUAGUAGUAGAGAAGAUGAAGACGAAGAAAGCGCCACACAUCGGCUGAGUCAACGAUCCAAGUCAUCGGCUCUACGCAAUCAGAAUCCUCAUGUCCUGCUUCAAUCGACACGCAGCCUCGAUGAUGGUGAAGACCCCAUCCAUGUCUCUUCCUUCCUGACCGACUUGCUCCAUGAAAUGUGGGAUUACUUGAACGUAGCUGGAGCUGCCGUCAUUCGCGAUUCGGUAGAACCGUAUUUCCAAGAUCUUCCAGGUCCCUUCAAAACACUCCGAUUUACCAAGAUGGAUCUAGGCCACAGUCCCAUUCGCAUGGACAAUCUCAAAGUGCGCAAGAUCCAAGACGGCAUGAUUCAAAUAGACCUGGACAUUGUCUGGAAUGGACAUUGCGACCUGCAACUGCAAGCGGAACAAAAUUCCAUGAUCCAAUUGGGUGUCAAGGAAUUGAAACUCAGUGGACCCUUUAGUCUAUGGCUCAAACCACUCACCAACCAACUUCCCAUUAUUUCCGCCAUUCAAUACGCAUUCAUCAAUCCUCCCAUUGUAGAGCUCAAAUUUACCGGCUUGGCAUCGGUCGCUGAAAGUCCUCUCUUGACCGCCGCCGUACGCGAUGCCAUUGACUCCAGUUUGCUCUGCGUCGUCUUGCCCAAUCGCAUGAUGUACAAAAUGCAAUCCAACAACAAUUACCUCGAUACUUACCAACCUCCCGUUGGUGUGGCACGAGUCACGGCAGUACGAGGAAGAGGAUUUGUCAUUGAAAAGAAACUCCUCACAACCGAUGAUAUUCCCGACGUGUAUCUCAACAUUACCUUUGGAGCCAAUCUGAAUGCUACUACUACUACUGGUAGUGUGUGGAGAACGCAAACCAUUCGCGACAAUCUGUCCCCCGAAUGGCUCGAAUCACGCGACUUUUUGCUUCAUGACCAUGGACAAAAACUACGGUUUCACGCCUGGGACGAAGAUCCGGGACCGUUGGAUGCCGACGAUGAUUUGGGCCGAGGGUCGGCAUUGAUUCAAGAAAUAUUAAUGUGCAAACAACGACGAUUAGAAGUGGAACUCUUACACGUCAAAACUCAAAAGAGAACCGAUGCCUUUGUCACGAUGCAAUGUGAUUUCAUUCCAUGGACGACAGAUUUGUCCAGUUUGAAUACUACUAAUACUAAUGGCAUGGCCGAUGACCACGAGAUUGCGGGGCUCUUGGUGGUCCUUGUCCAUCGAGCCUUUCAUAUUCCCAUUGCAAAGCCCGAGGAUGCCGCAACAUUUGUCAAAGUGUCGUUUGGCAAUCAAGAAUUUCAAACCAGCGUGGUGCUGCAUUCUCCGGGGUACACAGACGCAUUGAAUCCAAAAUACGAAGCCGCCUUUGAAAUCCCCAUCACGGCAGGCAUGCCUAUUACCGGAGCCAACGCCCAGGUGACGUUCCAAUUGAUACUACACUCCAACACUGUCAUUGGUGAUACCAAUCAUGGAACAAAGAAGAAGAAUGAAUCAUCCAGAACCGUGGCACCACCAGAGCAAGUGCUGGGGUCCUUGACGGUCCACUUGGAUGCAUUGAGGUCCGCCAAGGAUCACACUCUGACCCAAACCAAACCGAUUGGAAAGGGAGGAGCUUCCCUGGAGUACCGCGUGUCGCUCAGCGGAGUUCAACGCUCUGUUUCCAAACAACAAAAUGGCGCGAAACUGCAACCUGGCGCAUCCGUGCCUCGAGUACUUCCAUCCAACAGCAGCUUGGAGAGUAGUACCACCAGUGGCAUCAUGAAUGGCACGUCCCACGAUGAAGAACCCUCCAUUGGACGACUGCGACUGACAGUCGUCAAGGGACGAGGGUUCAAAAUCAGUGCCGAACUCUUCAACAUUGAUGUCCCAGACGCCUUUUGCACUAUUCGAUUUGGUUCCUCCAAGGAAUUGUGGACAACCUCCGUCCAACGAAACAAUUGCAACCCCGUGUGGAACGAAAGCAAAGAGUACUCUUUGCAGAGUCAUUCGCAAGUCAUUGCCUUGGAGGUUCUCGACAAGAAUGAACGGUCCUACGAUCCCGAUCUACAUGUGGGUAGCGCCAAAACAACAGUAGGCAAUGUACUGCUGGCGGGGGGUAGUGUCGAACUGGAGCUUUCCUCGCGACAGGGUCGACCGACAACGGUGUUUAUUACGCUGGGAUGUGAGUUACUGUGACGGGCGGGCAUCUGUUUGGCGGAGCCAGCAUUUUUGCAAUUCUCCCGGCUAUCACUGAAAGAGGUCCGAACAAGCUUUGUUCCCGUAGCGCUAUACAGUAAUCUUCCUUCAACUCUUUCCUAGUUCAACCUUACUAGUAUCAUGAAAGCCCAACCUUUUUUGACUGGUCUUCUCUUGCAGCCUC